CCCCUGAUGAAGAGAAAAGUUACAGCCUUUGGCACUAAGGGUUCAUUCAUCGACUGGUACAACGUUACAUCAGCAUUUCGUAUUAGCAAUCUGACGAGUCGCUCUUUCAACCCAUCAGAAAAUUUCGUCAUCUUUAAGUUUAACCAGUCUGAGAAAAAUGGAACGUCUGUCACGACAACACCAGUGGGACAUUACCGGACAUGCGCGGUUGUCGGCAAUAGCGGCAUUCUCCUUGAAAGCGGCUGUGGGGAAGACAUUGACCGCAAUGAUUUUGUUAUCAGAGUAAAUGGUGCUCCAUUAAAGACAUUCGAACAGGAUGUCGGUGAGAAGACGAACAUGACCAUUAUCAACAGGAGAGCAUUAGACCAAAUAGAUAGACUCAAUUCAGACCCCCAUUUGAUAAUUUCUCGGAAUAACUCCAUAAUGAGCUAUAUACUCGGCACCCACGGAAACUUUACUGCUUUAAACACGAUGAUAAGGAAGUUGGAUCUUAACAUCACAAUCACGUAUUCGGUGUCUCCACCAAGACCUCAUAUCAAAACGUUCUGGAAUGAGAAGUACAACAGCAACCUUUCCGAGAUGGCUACAACUCUCGGACUCAAUACCUACACCCUUGCCAGUACAUUUUGUGAAGUCAUCACCCUAUAUGGCUUCUACCCAUAUCAAACGAAUGUUUACAACAAAACAUUAUAUUACAAUUACUUCGACAAGAUAUCCAUGAAAAUGAAAGUCAAGAGAAGUAUACAUGAUUAUUUUCACCAGCAUGAACUUUUAAAAUCACUACAUGACAGUGGGGCACUUAAGUUGGUAACGGAUGUAUGUAAAUAAGGACUUGCUAUGCUAACCU